AUGCGGCCUGCAUAUUAGCUGGCAUAUUAAAAAAACUCUAUGCACUUUGCCAAUCAUCGGUAUCUUUAUGAAUGAAAUUUCCUUCAAUAGCUGGCUUUCCCCUCGUCCGCGUUUACCCAAUCACCCCGUACCAAUCGAUUGGCGGUAUUAGCUGCUUUUAAUUUCUUUUCUGAAAAAAUGGCUUCUCGCCGGCGUAUGCUUCUCAAGGUCAUAAUCCUCGGUGAUAGCGGGGUUGGGAAGACGUCAUUGAUGAACCAGUAUGUAAAUCGCAAGUUUAGCAAUCAAUACAAGGCCACCAUUGGAGCUGAUUUCUUGACAAAAGAGGUUCAGUUUGAAGACAGGCUGUACACUCUGCAGAUAUGGGAUACAGCGGGACAGGAAAGGUUUCAAAGCCUAGGUGUUGCAUUCUAUCGAGGAGCAGAUUGUUGUGUUCUAGUUUAUGAUGUAAAUGUCAUGAAAUCUUUUGAGAAUCUUAACAACUGGAGGGAAGAAUUUCUCAUUCAGGCUAGUCCUUCUGACCCUGAUAACUUCCCAUUUGUUGUUUUGGGGAAUAAGGUAGAUGUUGAUGGUGGCAAUAGUCGGGUGGUUUCUGAGAAGAAAGCCAAGGCUUGGUGUGCCUCUAAGGGAAACAUUCCUUACUUUGAAACCUCUGCCAAGGAUGGAUUCAAUGUGGACGCGGCUUUCCAAUGUAUAGCAAAAAACGCUCUAAAGAAUGAACCUGAAGAAGAAAUAUAUCUCCCCGAUACCAUUGAUGUUGCGGGUGGGCAUCAACAAAGAUCAACUGGAUGCGAGUGCUAAAGUUCUCUUAAUUUACUGUCUGUUUACACUCAUCUGAAUGUAGUUAAUUUAAUUUGAUUUCAUGAUGCUAAUUAAUGGAUGCAACCUCUAUUUAGAGCGUGUACGGUGUGUGCAGUUUUAAGAGUUUUUGUUCAUCUCCAAGUGUAAUUGAGGUGAUUUAUCAUUCUUGUGAUUAUUAUAUUAUGGUGACGUUUUUUUUUUGUUUCUAAGCACUGUUGAAUUAAGAUGGUGGCUUUUUUUUUGUUUUCUUCGGGAACACUUUACCAAUUUAUUAAGGGAAGGAAGGGGAAACUACAUGGUAGGUGGACAUGGU